AUGCCAAUGCCUUCUCUUCCACAAACAUUUGUCUCCGAUUUGCAAGAAAAAUACACCAGUGCUUUGGCACUGGGCAAUUUGGUCUUCAAUGGCGAUAACGCUGUGAAUGAAAUCGUCACCGCCGAUAUCGACGGAACCCCUUACAAGAGCUGCUUGACACUUCUUGGCAGCCUCACUCAUAGACCUGAGAAAGGUACCGUGGAUGCCAAUCCAUUUGCUAAGCCCGAACCCGAACUCACGGUUGCCGACAGCUUUGGAGACGAGGACCAAUUUAAACUUGUGCUUAACAAGUUCCCUGUGGUGCCAUACCACUUUAUGCUUGUCACCAAGGAAUUCAAAUCACAGAACACCCCGCUUUCGCCCGACGAGCUCUGUGCUACUUUCAGUGUGCUUAAAGCUUUGGAGCAAGCAAAGAGUCAAGACAAUAAGAACUGGUUUGCGUUCUACAACUGUGGCCCUGAGAGUGGAGCCUCGCAGCCACACAAGCAUGUUCAAUUCAUGACCAUUCCCGACGGCUUCGAGCCAUUUGCUUCUCGUCUUGCACGCACCUCUGGUCAUUUCGUGCCAAACCAACAUGAGGAGCCAUUGCAAGAUUCGAAGGUUGGAUUUGCACAUUUUGUAGCAGUGUUGCCUGAUGAGUUGGGUGAUGACAGCGAGGAUAUACUCACACUCACAUUUGUGAGUCUUCUUCAAAGAGUGCUCACUGUGUUGAGAGAAUCCGACUGUGGCCAUAUUUCCUACAACUUUUGUGCAACCACGAAAUGGAUGAUGUUGAUGCCACGCUCCUCAGGAGACUACGAGGGUAAAUUGGGAGUCAACUCAUGCGGUGUCAUGGGCUUAUACUUGUGCAAGAACCAGGAAUUGUAUGACAUUGUCAAAAGUGAUGGCUGGCAGAAGAUUCAAAAGACUGUAGGCUUUCCAAGCACAGCCGGAGAGGGAACUGAUGAAUACCAUUACUGA